AUGCGAUUAUCCUCACCACGACGCCGGGCGGCGCGACGCCCUUGCCUGUCGAGUACGAGCGUUGCGACUCUGGCAGCCAUCGCGCCUUCAUUAUCAAAAGCUUUUAAUAUCACAGCAGCGCCGCCGGCGAAUCUCGACUUUUCCCAACUGGGGAGCAUAGGCAUUGCCGGAGACUUCAAUGGCAUCUCGCUCUACCAGUUUCAGGAGCAAAUCGCACGGCCCUUGAGCACGAAUGGCAGCGAGUACCUGCUGACACAGUUGCCGAACGGCGUCCUCGCACCCAUCGCCGCGACCGACGCGUCCAUUCUGGCCAUGUGCUCGGUAACGCUCCAGGACGGCGCCGAGGGAGUCGUUCUCGGAGGCAACUUCACCAGCAUGGACGGCAUCAAGUCGACAGCCAUUGCCGUUUACAACACCAACACAACCACCUUUACACCGCUCGAGGGCCUUGAGGGCAUGGUCAACGCCCUUCUGUGCGACGACGACAAGGGGAUAGUUUACGUGGGCGGGAACCUUAAGGGAGGCAACUCGACAAACGCUAUCGCAUGGAAGGUGGACGGCAACUGGACGAAUCUGCCCUUUGCCGGCUUCAAUGCCCCCGUGAGCUCCAUCACCAAGGCGUCCAAUGGGCAUGUCAUUUUUGGCGGGAGCUUCACUGGUCUGGGCAACGUCACGGCGCCGAACAAGGCUGACGGGCAGGCGAUCAACCUCUCGACCGCGAAUAUCUCGGCUGACGGCACCGCUUCGACCAAGGGCUUCGACGACCCCAAGAACGUCAUCUGCACCGACGGCUCUGGGGGCUCAGGUAAGACUUGGCUGGCGCAGGACGGUGUUCCUGGCUCUUGGAAGGCGGCCUUCGAUUUUGGAUUCGAGCCCACCAAAUUGCGGCUGUGGAAUACGCAUCAGGACGGACGGGGCACAAAGACAUUCCGCUUCGUGGCUUUACCGAUCAACGGCAUUAUGAACUUUACCUAUAUAGAUCCUGCCACCGGCAAGAAUUCGAGCUGCACGAGCGAGUGCCCGCUGAGCAACGACCCCAAGGUCCAGUUUCAGGACUUUCACUUCGUCAAUAGAGUUGGCAUGAACGCCUUUGAGAUUGACAUCUCAGCCUGGUACGGAAAGGGAGCCGGUCUCAACGGCGUGCAGCUGUUCGAGGACAACAUGUUCGCCUACGCCAUCAACUCCUUCAACGAGCCGGCGUGCAACAUCACGUUUCCUUCCAGCGCCUCCGCCACCGGGCCCUGGAAGCAGUCGCCUUCUCUGCAGAGCGACUCAAAAUAUCUGGCGGCGCAUCUUACCAGUCCCAUUACGUCCAAAUCCGCCUCUGUCGUCUUCUCGCCCAACAUUAUCGAAUCUGGCAACUACUCUGUCAACAUGUAUACUCCAGGUUGCGUGCCUGAUGGCUCCUGUCUGACCCGAGGGCGCGUCAACAUCACCGGCAUCAUGUCCAGCGGCACCAUUCAAUCAAACUUUACUACUUCAAUUUACCAGACUAACAACUUUGACAAAUAUGAUCAAAUCUACUUCGGCUACAUUGAAAGGACUUCGGACAGUUUCAAGCCCAAAGUCACGCUCACCCCUCUCGACGGCCAGGACUUGAGUGAAAUGACCUUUGUCGCACAAAAGGUCGGCUUCACUCUCCUCAACUCGACUGGAAACCUCAACGGGCUCUUCGACUUCGACCCAAGCGAAACCAAGGUCAACACAACCAGCCUGGACGAUUCACCCGUCAACCAGCUGGGUGCAAGCUUCGACCACAACACUGGCGUCAAAUCGCUGGCAACAUCGGGAGACAUCACCUAUAUAGGCGGCAACUUUACCUCAGACGCGCACCACAACUUCGUCGCCAUCGAUACCAGUGGCAAGGUCAUGUCUCUCAACGGGGGUCUCAACGGCCAGGUGUUGGACAUGUACCUGCAAGGCACGCAGUUGUUUGUUGGCGGAGACUUUACAAACCUACGAUCUAAUGGAAAAGCCGGGCUGAACCAUGUGGCAGUCUAUGACACAAAGAGCCAGGAAUGGACUGCGUUGGGUGCUGGUGUCAAUGGCAGGGUCGAGCAAGUGGUUGCAUUCCAGGUCAACAUUAGCAGCGUUACCGAGGACGCCAUUGCCCUGACGGGUUCCUUUACCGAGUGCGAUGCCUUUGGGAGCUUUGAGGCAAUUCCUGUCCAGGGCUUUGCGGUCUGGGUCUUGUCAAAGGACAACUGGCUGCAGAAUCUCGAAGGCCCAGCCCCCGCUUUUGACGGCAUGCUCACUGCUUCCAAGCUGAACCUCACUACUGGCAACUCCCUUUUCGCAGGCUCCAUUGAAUCCUCGCAGAUGGGAGCCAACGGCGCCAUCAUGCUUAGCGACCAAGGACUGGGUCAGUUCCCGGUCCAGAUCCAGCCCAAGGCUCAACAGGCUGGCAGCAAGCGGCGACGAGACCUGUCUCCAGAGCCCACGUCUGGUGUUCUCGCGGGAGCCUUUUACACAGGCAACAGCAGCAACAUUACAGUUCUCGCAGGUCACUUUUCGGCGCGGUCGUCCAAUGGCUCUACUAUCGAAAACCUGGUGAUCAUCGACGACUCCAACAACGGCACCGUCAGCGGGCUGGGCUCAGGCAUCUCCUCCGAAUCAGUCUUCGCAAGUCUCGCUUUCCAUGGAAGCGUCCUUUUCGCGGGAGGCAACGUUACUGGCACCGUGGACGGCAGCAGUGUCAGUGGGCUUAUUGCCUACGAUGUUGUCUCAAAGUCCUACUCCAGCCAACAACCAGCGUCGCUUCUAGGCGGCAAUCAGACAGUCUCCGUCGUCACUGUCAGGCCCGACUCGUCUGAGAUCUACGCAGGCGGCUCCUUCGAGAAGGCUGGCGCUUUGGACUGCCCCGGUGUCUGCACCUACGAUGCCGAUACCGCACAGUGGUCGAGACCUGGCAGCACUCUGGGUGGGCGUGUCAGCAGUUUCAUGUGGUAUAGCAAGACGCAGCUCAUUGCUGGCGGCGAUUUGCGAACCAAUGGGACCAACACUGGCUUCCUUGCCAUGUACGAUGUCAAGAAGGGCGUCUGGAAAGACUUCACAGGCGCCAGCCAGAUUCCCGGCCCUGUCAACGCAAUCACGCCCGGCUCAGACGACAACGGCCAGCUUUGGAUCUCGGGCAACUCGCCGAAUGGCUCCGUCUUCAUCAUGAAGUACGAUGGCAAACAGUGGCAGAGCCCUCCUGUGCUCCCGCCAUCAGGCAGCGUCGUCCAGAGUCUCCAGGUCUUUACAGUAACUGAGUCGCAUGACAAAUCCGACAUCCUCGACGACCGCCAAGUGUUGAUGCUCACCGGCUCCAUCCCCUUCCCCAACGUUGGAAUGGCCUCGGCCGUCAUCUACAACGGCACCGACUACCUACCUUAUGCUCUGACCAGCACGGAUACCGGAGCUGGAAGCAUUGCCAGAGUAUUUUCUCAAAAGGACAACUUUUUCACCUCCAGUAAACACUUACCUCUUGUGUUUGUUGUCCUCAUCGGUCUUGCCAUCUCGCUGGCACUCAUCGUCAUUCUCGUCGUCGCCGGAAUCAUCCUGGAUCGGAUACGCAAGAAGCGCGAGGGAUACACGCCAGCACCGACCUCCAUGUACGAUCGCGGAAGUGGUAUUCAACGGAUACCGCCGCGUGAACUGCUGGAGCAGCUCGAGAGAACACGACCAGGGGAAGCACCGCAAGUCUAA